CUUUAGGAGCGGCGCGGCCAUGAUCUGCCUGGUGCUGGGCCUCUUCGCCAGCUUCUUCCACAGCGCCUACAGCGGGGCCAGCGAACGAACCUUCGUGGCCAUCAAACCGGAUGGGGUCCAGCGGCACCUGGUCGGGGAGAUCAUCCGGCGCUUCGAGAGGAAGGGGCUGCAGCUAGUGGGGCUGAAGCUCCUGCAGGCCUCAGAGGAGCUGCUGAAGGAGCACUACGUCGCCCUUCGGGACAGACCUUUCUACAGCCACCUGGUCAAGUACAUGAGCUCUGGGCCUGUGGUGGCCAUGGUCUGGCAGGGCCUGGAUGUGGUCAAGACAGUUCGUACCAUGAUCGGGGAGACCAACCCAGCUGAAUCCAGGCCUGGCACCAUCCGAGGAGACUUCUGUGUGGAAGUCAGCAAGAAUGUCAUCCAUGGCAGUGACUCUGUGGAGAGUGCCCAGCAGGAGAUCUCCCUCUGGUUCCACCCAGAGGAGCUGAUCUGCUGGCAGGACACAGCUGAGCACUGGAUCUAUGCCUGAGGAGUAGCCUGAAGGGAGCUGCCCUCCCACCUGGACAUGAGGACUUCCCAUCAGCUCCAUCCUGGCUGCCAGGGGGCAGCUCUGUGUGGG